AUGCUAAGCUAUUUCCAAGGGUUCGUGCCCAUACAUACCAUAUUUUACUCUGUGUUCCAUCCCACGGAAGGUUCUAAAAUUAAAUAUGAGUUCCCCCCAAAUAAUCUGAAAAAUCAUGGCAUCAAUUUCAACACAUUCAAAAAUUACAUCAUACCGAAGCCUAUACUAUGCCACAAGUUGGUCACUUUCAAAUAUGGUACAUAUAGAAUUGUCUGCUAUCCUGUAACAAUUAAUUCUCCAAUAUACGCUAGAAAUUUUUUCAGUUUCAAUUUUGUGUUUGUAUUCCCGUAUGAUUGUGAGACGUCUCCCUAUGAGCCAGCUAUCACCAGACUGGGCAAAAUGUUCAAAGUUCUUGAAGAGCAAAACCAAUUGCUGUCCAAAUCUGAAAGAGAUCCAGUUUUCUUUGAUUUAAAGGCGUUGGAAAACUCCACAACAACGCCUUCUACUGCAGGUCCUUCAUCCACGCCAAAUCCCAGUAGUAACACCACACCAACUCAUCCUACGUCCGACAAAGAUACGAAAGAUUUGAGAAGCAGUAGAUACAGUGAGCUUAUCAAAGAGUUAGGACUUCCGCAGUCCGCGUUUUCUAUACAAGACCUACUAAUGAGAAUUUUCCAAGACCUGAAUAACUAUUCCGAAUGUCUCAUACCAAUAGAUGAGGGAAAUGCUGUGGACAUAAAGAUUUUUCCGCUUUUGAGACCGCCUACAACUUGUGUAUCACUAGAAGAUGUCCCUUUGUCGUCCGUGAAUUUGAAAAAGAUUAUUGAUGUCAACUGGGAUCCAACAAUGAUGAGCAUAGUCCCUUUCAUUGAUGGCUUAAACAACAUUGCAAAAAUCUCGAAACUGAGCAACAGUGAUCCUGGUCUGGUUAUAGAGUGUAUACGGCAUUUAAUAUACUACAAGUGCGUUACAUUAUCAGAUAUAUUCCAGUUUUCUAACAUAUAUGCGCCUUCUUCAUUAAUCAGGAGUUUUCUGACCGAUCCACUAAUGGCCAGUGAUUGCCAAUCUUAUGUCACGUUCCCCGAAGUGUCUAAAUUAUCAAGCCUACCCUUAAAUAAAAGUUUGGGUUCUGGUGACCAAGAUUCACCGUCAUUUUCUGUACGAAGAAAAUCUAAGUCGUCUAGCAUACCUUCAAACCCAGAUUCUAGAACUACAUCUUUUAGUUCUACCAGUAAAGUCUCCCAAAACUCCUCCUUAAAUUCCUCUUUCUCAUCAGUUUAUAAGGAUUGGAGGCAAUCACAAACCUCCUGCUCGAGCUCAAAUAUACAUGUCAUCAACGACCGCAAUCGAUUCCUACCAACAAGAUCAUGCUUGUUUGACCUUUAUAGAUCACUCUCACAGGGUCAAACAUUGAAAACAUGGUAUGAAUCGAAGUAUAUGAUUUUAAAGGAAAAUAACAUCGAUAUAAGAAGGUUCAUAACGUUCGGUCUGGAAAAACGUAUCAUCUAUAGAUGCUACUCUUUUCCAGUGAUGCUAAACACCGGUUCGCGUGAAACGAAAGAAAUGACACCAAUGAAAACAAAAGAUUUUCUAAAUGAGGAUAAGUCACUUGAGAAAAGAAAUCACGAUUAUUCACUUUCAGUCACAAGGUCUAAAAAUACAGCAAAAUCCAGUAACUUGAAACCAGAAAGGCCCUCGAAGGUUUCGUUUGAAAUGCAAAGGGCAAGUUCUUUGGCAACAGGUAGUAGUACCAUACCAAAACUCACCGACGAAGAAGAACGCAUUCUUGAGGAAUCUGUUAGGAGUGCCGAAAAUUUUGAUAAAAUUUGCGUAUUACUUGGAAAACCUAAACUAGAAGUCGAGAGUUACUUAAACGAAUUAGGAGAAUUUAAGGUAAUCAAUAGUUGA